UCCCUCCACGUGACAUCUCUGUCCUCUUCUCUUCUCUUUUCUCGCUUUGUGCUUUCCUACUGCACCAACAACUCGAAGCAGAAAAAGCAUUCCUGUACCUUCCCCAUCCAUCGCCAAACCUCGAGAGAGAAUCUAUCUCGCCGCGAAUCCAUGAUGGAGUCCUCCGCCGAUGACCGCCGGAGCCAUUCCGGCAGCUCUAGCGACAUGUCCGUCUCUUUCGAAGCCGAAGUCCCUCGCAAUCCUAAUGACGAAUAUGCCACCCCUUCCUCAGGUUCCGUCGUCGCCUUCUUAGUCUUCUUCUUCAUCGGCAUUGUCUUUUUCGUAACUUUGGUUUCGAAUUUGUGGAAAAAUGCGGAUUUCGUAGGGAAGUUGGAGAGGGAUGUGCAAACAGAGCGAAAUUCCGGAGAAUCAUCAUCCGCCGUCCGUACAUCGUCCGGUUCGAGUCAACUCACUGCCAGCGCGAGAUUGAGUCAGAACCAGGCGUUGUCUGUAACUCUCGCCAAGCUCUUCGAUCAAAGAACUCCUUUUAGAAAAAAGCGGAAAUAUAUAAAGCAGCUGGCAACAGUGAAAGAUGACGGAACGGUGCAAUUUGACGUUCCGGGAGAUAUUAAGCCACAGUAUCUGGAUUUCGGAACUGGAGCUGCUCACAGUGAGGCAGCUUCUGGUGCAGAAGCUUGCGGCGAAACGGAAGCUGAAGUUCGAGAUAUACCUCCGUUGCAAAUUGUAAUGCUUAUUGUCGGCACGCGAGGAGAUGUGCAGCCGUUUGUUGCCAUUGGAAAACGUUUGCAGGAAUAUGGCCAUAGGGUUAGGCUAGCGACUCAUGCAAAUUUCAAAGAUUUUGUCCUUACUGCUGGGUUGGAGUUCUAUCCUUUAGGUGGAGAUCCAAAAGUUCUUGCUGGUUAUAUGGUCAAGAAUAAAGGUUUCUUGCCAUCAGGACCUUCGGAAAUAUCAAUUCAGCGACAGCAGUUAAGGGAAAUAAUUUUUUCUUUACUUCCUGCAUGCAAGGAACCUGAUCCCGAUUCCAAAGUUCCAUUUAAAGCAGAAGCAAUAAUUGCCAACCCACCAGCCUAUGGGCACUCUCAUGUCGCUGAGGCACUAAAAGUACCGCUUCAUAUAUUCUUCACAAUGCCAUGGACGCCUACGAAUGAAUUCCCCCAUCCUCUAUCCCGUGUCACGCAACCGAUUGGAUAUAGACUAUCAUAUCAAAUAGUCGAUGCAUUAAUUUGGCUAGGAAUUCGAGACAUGAUAAAUGAGUUUAGGAAGAAAAUGCUGAAGCUGAGACCUAUCACAUAUUUAAGUGGAAACUAUAGUUCUCAACCUGACGUGCCCCAUGGGUAUAUAUGGAGUCCUCAUCUUGUUCCCAAACCUAAAGAUUGGGGACCGAAUAUUGAUGUUGUUGGGUUUUGUUUUCUUGACCUUGCUUCAAAUUAUGAACCCCCAGAGCCACUUGCGAAGUGGCUUGAAGCUGGUGACGAGCCUGUCUAUAUUGGAUUUGGUAGCCUGCCUCUUCAAGAACCGGAGAAAAUGACCGAUAUUAUUCUUCAAGCUCUGGAAAUAACUGGACAGAGAGGCAUUAUCAACAGAGGCUGGGGUGGCCUUGGUAAUUCGGUAGAACCUAGUGAUUCUGUGUACUUGGUGGACAAUUGCCCCCAUGAUUGGCUAUUCAAACGAUGCUCUGCUGUGGUACAUCAUGGCGGUGCUGGAACAACUGCUGCUGGUCUGAAAGCUGCGUGUCCGACUACAAUUAUACCAUUCUUCGGGGACCAGCCGUUUUGGGGUGAGAGGGUGCAUGCCAGAGGUGUCGGUCCUGCACCCAUCCCGGUUGAGGAAUUCUCGCUUGACAAGUUGGUUGAUGCCAUACGCUUUAUGUUAGAUCCAAAGGUUAAAGAGUGCGCCAUAGAAAUUGCGAAGGCCAUGGAUAACGAAGACGGGGUCAGGGGAGCGGUGAAGGCCUUUCAUAGGCACUUUCCUUGCAAUAGAUCCGAUGAUGGCGAACCCGAUCAGUCAUUGCCAGCUAGAAAAGGGCUAUUAUCCAUCAGGAGAUGUUUUGGCUAAUUCCCACACAUGAUUCUCGACAGCGACGAUUCCAUGUAUGUUUAGGCUGAUCACUAAUCCAGUACUAAUCAGACCAUGUCAAGUUCCGCUAUCCUGUAAUUGGUAAGCGUAGGUUUCUUUAACGUUACACCACCUCCAUCGCCUCACCUUCUCCGUCGAAAGCAUGUUAGUAUCUUUUCGCUUGCAAUAGUAGAAUACUUGUUCCUAGUUUCCUGGUUGAUAGGAUUUUCCUUUUGUCGGCUUGGCUGCUACUGGCUCUCUCUGCAUUGUAUUGCUUCUUCAGGUUGUGGGUUGGUUUUUG